AUGGCGUCGCCAAAUGGGUCAAAUGGCCGAGCAAAUUACAUCAAAGCCCAACCGCAACCGUGGAAUGCUCAGGCGUUGCUGAACCCUCGGUCCUACGCCGCUUCGAACGCUGCCUCGAGGCGUAAUUCACCCAAACCUCAACCCUUGGCGAACCGAUCUACUCCAGGAAGUCAAAGCUCCGUCAAUAACGCUGUUGUUUUUCAGUUCGCGAGUCCGAACGACACGACUAGCGAGUCUCUGACACCUAGCAUGACCUCUGGCGCUUCCACUCCUGUUCACGACGGCGGCAUUUCACCAUACGGGAUGGCCAACAUGAUUGAGAGGAUGAACGAUGUCCAGGAUCGAGCUGCUGCGCCCCUGCCGAAGCGUCGAAAGUUUGACACACCCGAGUCUGAUGCCGAGAACAAGAAGAAGAUGGGACCCGCCGGUAGCGGAAUGCUUGGUGCGUAUGUGAAGGAAAAGCAGGACGAAGGCAAGAAGGAGAAUUCCAAGGUUUCUACACAGACUGUGGACUUGACCGAGGGCGACGACGAUGUGGUCAUGGUAGAGGACCCCGCAACCGAGGAAGUCUGCUAUGGCAUGCUCACCGGUCACCUUGACUGCCACAAGGUACCUUCCGCCAAACCGGGUACGCAGAGCAUCUUCGGGGCGGACUUCAUGCCACCAGUCAAGAUCGUUUUGAAGCGAAUCAUCGGCGACUCGACCAAGAAGAUCCAUGCAUACGACUACACGCGCGACAUUAUUGGAAAUGUGGACGUAAAUACAGCGAAUGCUCUCGUUCCCCUGCUGGAAUCCAACGUGCACCUCCGAACGGACUGCAAAAUCCCUGCGCGUAGAAAGCAAGCGGACGAGCAGCCGGGUCAUGCCAUAUCGAGAUCCUACCCUUUGGAAAUGACCCUGUACGGUCAAUACAGAUUUGUGAAGGCCGUGGGCAAGCACUUCGAGAGAUCCAAGAUCAUUCUGCGCCACCCCAAUCGAGUUGACAAAGGCGUCAGGUACGAGAACGUCCAUACAGAGACCAAGCCUACCGCAGCACCUGGUACCAGAAACCUGGCUGGGGCUCUCGCCCAAUACAACAAUCAUUCCUCGUCUACCUACUACACCAACCCCACUCCUCGUACGGUCGAGGAGAUAAGAUCAGACGUCAUGGGCGUCUUCGACUCGAUGGGAAAGACUGAUGAGCUUCCUGAAAUGGACCCAGCUCCGAUUGUCACGACGGAGUUGCUCAAGCAUCAAAAGCAAGGCCUUUACUUCAUGACAGCUAGAGAGAAAGAAUCAACGGCCGACGAACGAGUAAAGGGCUCCAUGUGGCAGCUUAAAAUCGGGCCCACUGGACAGAAGUUUUACUACAACGUCAUCACCGGGCACCAAGAGCGGACGCUUCCCUCAGACACUCAUGGCGGGUUGCUGGCCGACAUGAUGGGCUUGGGAAAGACCCUCAGCAUCCUUUCCCUCAUUGCCAGCUCUUUGGACCAAGCUCAGGAGUGGGCAGGUCGCACGCCAGUCCAACCCGAGAUGCCACCCCAGAAGGCUGGGGGGAAAGCAACGGCUUCGAGCUCCCUGCCGCUGACAAGCAUUGCCAGUAACGCAAGGGCUACAUUGCUUGUUUGUCCAUUGAGUACAGUCACGAAUUGGGAGGAGCAGAUCAAGCAACACAUUGCGCCGGGGGAGAUAAGCUACUAUAUCUAUCAUGGUUCGAAUAGAAUCAAAGAUGUCGAGAAGCUGGCUGACUUUGAUUUGGUCAUCACCACCUAUGGCUCUGUCUCUAGUGAGCUAGGCGCUCGCAGCAAGCGAAAGUCUGGUAAAUAUCCCCUGGAGGAAAUUGGUUGGUUCCGAAUCGUGCUAGAUGAGGCGCACAUGAUCCGCGAAGUCGCAACUCUCCAGUUCAAAGCCAUUGUCCGUCUCCAGGCCGCUCGUCGUUGGGCUGUGACUGGCACACCCGUCCAAAAUCGACUCGAGGACUUGGCCGCUCUCCUUCAGUUUGUCCGGCUGAAGCCAUUUGACGACCGCAACAAAUUCAACCGGUUCAUCGUGGACCCCUUCAAAGCUUGUGAUACGGAGAUUGUUCCGAAACUCCGCGUGCUUGUGGACAGUGUCACACUCCGGCGGUUGAAGGACAAGAUCAAUCUUCCCCCACGAAGCGACCAUAUCGUCAAGCUCGACUUUACAGCCGAGGAGCGCGAGGUUUACAAUCUCUUUGAGAAGAACGCUCAAGAUCGUGUCAAGGUGCUUGCCGGCAACGGCGUACAGAGAGCAUUGGGCGGACACUCUUACAUCCACAUCCUUCGAUCCAUUCUCCGGCUUCGACUACUCUGUGCACACGGCAAGGACCUCUUGAAUCAGGAAGAUUUAGAGGCCUUGCAGGGCAUGACAGCUGACAUGGCUAUUGACCUUGACAGCGACGAUGAGGAUAAGAAGCCCGGCUUGUCGGAUCGGAAAGCGUACGAGAUGUUUGAGCUUAUGCAGGAAACGAACACGGAUGGUUGCAGCGCCUGCUCGAAGAAAUUAGGAUCCAACGACGACGCUAAUAUCGAGUCCGAGGGGCAGGAGGACAUUCUUGGGUACAUGACGCCCUGCUUCCACAUCAUCUGCGGUUCCUGCAUUAAGGGUGUCAAGGAACAAGCUAGACAACUCCUCACACCAGGCCAGACCAUGGGACCUUGCCCUAUCUGUUCCGCCGUGAUCAAGCCUGCCUACGUUGACAUUCGUCGAUCUCGACUGAAAGUGGAGCACGAGGGUCCUGCGAAGGACAAGACUGCAGCGAACGGCCGCAAGAGCUUUGGAAAGUACACGGGUCCUCACACCAAGACGAGGGCCUUGGUCGAGGAUCUCUUGAAGUCGAAGGAUGAGAGCGAUACGAACCCCGACGAGCCACCGUAUAAAUCGGUGGUGUUUUCCACGUGGACUUCGCACCUCGACUUGAUACAAGUCGCUCUCGACAAUGUCGGUGUGAAGUACGUUAGACUGGAUGGCAGCAUGACGCGCAUUGCGAGAACCCAAGCGAUGGACAGUUUCCGGGAUGACAAUUCAGUACACGUCAUCCUGGUGUCAAUCACAGCAGGUGGGCUCGGCCUGAACCUGACUGCAGGUAGCAACGUCUACGUAAUGGAGCCUCAGUACAACCCCGCGGCCGAGGCCCAAGCCGUAGACCGUGUUCAUCGUCUUGGCCAGAAGCGACCGGUUCGAACGGUGCGCUAUAUCAUGCGCAACAGUUUCGAGGAGAAGAUGCUCGAGCUGCAGGAGAAGAAGAACAAGCUGGCAAGUCUCAGCAUGGACAGAAAGGACAGGGUUUUCGACAAGAGCGAAGCGGCCCGGCAGAGACUGCUUGAUCUGCGAAGCCUAUUUAAAUGA